AUGAAUGGAAAUAAAAUUGGUUCUUCUUCAGAAAAUGCUAAUAAUUAUGCAAUUUCAGCCCCAUAUAUAAAUAAUUUCCACAAUGUUGACAAAAAUAAAUUUCAUGUUCCAACAUUGUUUAACUCCUUUUAUGUAGACAAUUUAGAAGCAAAUACUGUCUAUAAAUUUACAAUUCGUGCAGUAUAUUCUGAUGGAGAAUCUGAAGAUAGUGUUACUCUUACUGCAAAAACUGCUCAAAAUUAUGGGAAAAUAAUUGAUAUUACUGAGAAAGGUGCUAAUGGAGACGGGAAAACAAUAAAUACUGAUGCUAUUCAAGGAGCUAUAAAUGAUUGUGGGCAAACCUCUUCUGCUUUCGACUGUAAAGUUUUAGUCCCAGAUGGUACUUUCAUUUCUGGGGCUUUAUUUAUACAAGCACCAUUAACGUUGGAAUUGGCUGAAGGGGCUAUUAUACAAGGAUCGGGUGAAAAUAGCGAUUUUCCUAAAAAUAAAGGGAGAUUAGACAGACCACCAUCUCUUCUUAAUGCUGUAAGUUAA